GGAUCGUCUAGCGUUCUUGUUUUCGACCUCGACUCUCAAUCCGCCCCCGGCUUCUUUCCAGAUCUCUAUCCCAAAGACACAAAGAUUCUCGUCUCCCCGAACUUCUCUCUUUUCCCCAACUGGACCGGCAUUCUUAUCGUCCGUCGCCCAGCUACCGACCUUCAUAAUGCCCACGCCACUUCCGUCUAGUUUUGCCUCGGCCGCCGCUGGCAACACCCACGACUCUUCGAACAGGAGAGGGGAUGGCUCUGCCGGUGGAGAAUGGUCUCGAACUCGCAUGAAUGGAGCAACACAGACUUUCCGCCGUCCGUCCGUUGCGACAAACCCUUCUCACAACCGGGAUGCCAGCCAACCCACGUCGGCUACCACUCCCACCGUGGGCACCUACACUCCUCCGCAUAUGUCCUCGACCUACCAGUCCAGCGCACUCCGCAACGGAGCAGCUACCGACACGCGUUAUUCAAAGGAUCAGCUACUUAGUCUCUACAAAACCCAACGAGAGUCGGGCGUACUGGGGAAGAAUGUUGCAGAUUACUUCGUAGCUGACUGGAAUCCCCACGAGACGUCACCUGUCAACGGCGCUUGGGGGAAACGGGAAGAUUCGAAGGAUAACCCCUCCGGCCCGGAAGUGUGCUGGGAUCAUGGGGGCCAGGUCGAGCCGUUGGGCCUGGUAGAUAUGACGGACGAUGAGAAAGAGUUAUUUACUCUCUCCGUCAACUCCCCUCUUAAGCCGCCACCGACGAACGCUUCGAAGGAGAACACUGGCGCCGGUACUGGUGGACGCAAGCUGUCCAUCUCCCAAGGCCAUAUGAAUAAUUACAACACCGCAUCCCCCAGUGCUGGGCGCCCCGGCCCCAGACGCCGGGAGACGGGCGACUCGACUGGGAAUCCCAUGUCUCCCACCACCAGCGGCUCUCGCUUUUUCCGUGACGAACCGAACACCUCCACCCCGCCCCCCUCCCUUUUGCGCCGCAAGACCGAUUUCCGAGAUACCUCUUCCGCCGCCCGAUGGGAGGAGAAGGAGAAGGAGAACGUCGCUCGAGAUGCAAACGCCGAGACUGCCUCUCCAUUUGGUUCCCUGAAGCGGAGUUCGACCAAUCCUUUGAGCGCGGCACCGGGCGCCUCGAAUUCCCCUUGGGGAUCUGCGUCGCAAAGUGCCAACUUUUCGCCCAUGGGAGCGUUUGGUGCAUUUUCUCUGGGCACAGCGACUACCCCGACAACCGAAAAGAAGGCUGGGUUUGGUAGUCUCCGCGGAGAGAGCCGUUUGAAGGGGCUGUUUUCGAAGGAUAGCUCUGAGGACAUUUCGGCCACUAUCAAGGAGAAGUCGUCCCUUAGUAGCUUGGAACGCUUGGGUGAUACGGAGGGUGAGAAGCGUGCUCAGUCGCCUUGGGGAGAACCCGUCAAGACGCGUACUGGCCGCAGCGAGACGAACCCCUUCUCGGAGGAGCCUCGCAGCGGAAGUGCCGCUCUUGGCGGGUCCCAGGAGAUCAACACUCCUUCUCAACCUGCGGACCAGCUGGGAUUCUCGGUUUUUGGGAUGACCUCUAGCAUCCCUGGAUUCCGGGAAUUGAUGCAAAGCCAUGAGAACUCGCGCAACCCUACUCCAAGUCUGUUGCAGGGACAUGAACCCACCAGCCCCACUAAUACGAACCCAUAUCAGAGCCCCCACGGCGACCGAAGUGGUGGUGGUGGUGGUGGCGGCGGCGGCGACGAUGACGUGGAGACUGAUGGUUCCGAUAUUCAGAACUCCACGCAUCCCGGCAUCACUGGCCUUCGUGAUACCUCGUCCGCGUUUGGCUCUAUCCGACGGGUAGGAUCGGGCAUCGACUUGCCUUCAAUCGAUCGAAGCCAAACGUCCAGUGCCGCUGGAAACCGCAGCUUCUCCAGCCUCGGUGGGUUGGGAGGUCUGUCGUCGUUGGGUGGUCCGGCCGGAUGGCCCACCAGCGCUGCCGUGGGUACUCCUACGCGGGAACGCUCGGCCUUCGCUGGUGGAUUCGGCGAUCCUAUCUUCGGCACGAUGGGUGAUUUGCAGUCCCCAAGCCUGUCGACUUUGGGCGGUGGUGGUUUGUUCAGCCCCCAUGCCGGCAUCUCUGGCACGGGCAGUCUGGGCCGCUCCAGCAAGUUAGGUUCUCUGUUCCCGGCCGCCAUGCAGGAGCAAAUGCAAGGUGACCAGGGACGUUCGGAUCUGGCCGCUCUGGAGGAGGCCGCUCGCCAACCCGACGCCCAGCAGGACAAGCCGGGCCAGCCUGGCCAGCCCGCAACCACCUCAGCUUCGCAAACCCCUGUCUCUGCGGUGGGCUCUAUUCCUACGUCGAUGGCGCCCGAUGUACCCCCAACCAGCCAGACGCCUGGUCAGGCUGGAGCUGCUGGCUCUGUGCCUCCUGCCCAACAGCGGACCAUGGUGAUGCCGGAUCGGAUGCGUUGGAUCUACCGCGAUCCGCAGGGCAACAUCCAGGGUCCUUGGACUGGACUGGAGAUGCACGACUGGUUCAAGGCAGGCUUCUUUAGUCCUGACCUGCAGAUCAAGAAGCUCGAGGACCCCGAGUUCGAACCCCUUGCACAGCUUGUGCGACGCAUCGGCAACUCGCGCGAACCCUUCCUGGUGCCUCAGAUCGGCAUUCCCCACGGUCCCGACCCCAGCCCUGGUCCCUGGACUGGGAACACUACCGGCACGGCUCAGCCUCCGUUCCCCGGCAGUUUCCCCAGCUUUGGUACCACUUUGACCGCGGAGCAGCAGAAUGCGUUGGAACGCCGGAAGCAGGAGGAGCAGUAUUUGAUGGCACGUCAGAAGGAACACCUCGCUCAGCAGCAAGCGCUGAUGAAGCAAAUGCAGUUUCAGGGUGUCCCCCACACGAUGCACCCGCACCAGCUGCAGCAUCACUCCAGUGCCCACAGCCUCCACAGCCAGCCCAGUUUUGGCAGCAUCGCCUCGCCAGUUGGCUUCCAACCCUCUCCGAUUCAAGCUCCGAUGCAGCAACCCCAGUCUGUUGCAGGCUUCUUCGACGCUGCCGGACCGGUGAGAGCCAACCCGCUGCCCAACAUCGGUCCCCAGAUGCUCGGCACUGAACUGGGCACCCCCCAGGAUCAGCUCCCCGCCCUCCUCGACCGCUUGAACGUGAACCGUCCCGACCCUUUCGCUUUCGGCACCCCCGGCUCUUUUGCGGCUCGUCAGCCUGACAGUCUCUUUCAUCAGCAACAGGUUGCCAGCAUGCUCCAGGACCGUGCUCGCUUGCAACAGGAGCAGGAGCAAUUUGACAGCGCCCAGGGUGACAACCUCUUCGACCAGCAAGCACGGGAAGAACGCCUCCGCCAAUUCCACGCUUUGAGAGCCCAGGAGGGUGAGCUGGGCCUCCGGACUGCCGAGGGUCUGCCCACGCACCCGGCCACGGUCCCCCAGCCGUCUGAGCCUGAGGAGGUCGAGCCGGUGGCUGAGGCUGAGGAGCCUACACUGACGUUGUCGCAGCAGGUGCAAAAGGCCGCGUCUGCUCAGCGCAAGCAGCAGGAACAGCUGGAGCAACAAGAACAGCUUGAGCGCGAGCAGCAGGAACAGCAAACUUCCGAUGCGGGUGAGGCGGCCUGGACUACCAAAGACAGUGCCAUGCCCCAGCCCUUCCCUCCCCCGCCCUCUGCCUCGCCGCUCCCGGCCCCGGCUGCUCAGCGCAACCGUCAGAAUGUUGCUGAGUCUCUGGCUGCCAACUCGCGUUCCCAGACCCAGACUCCCGUGGAGGCGCCGACCACUUCGAUCGCGCCUUGGGCAAAGGAAGCUAAUGAAGUGCCUAAGGGUCCUUCUCUGAAGGAGAUCCAGGAGGCCGAGGCCCGCAGCGCUGCGCAGAAGGAAGAGUUGGCGGCUGCUGCACGCCGUGCCCAGCUGCUGGCCGAGCAGGAGCGUCUCAGCCAAGUCCAGGCCCAGGCCCCUGGCCUCCCGUCGACGGCUAAUUGGGCCAGCGCUGGUUCUCCUGCUACUCCUACAUCUUCAGGCUCAGUUUGGAACAACAAGGGUCAGGCCGCUCCUUCUGGCGCCGCUAAGAAGACUCUGGCCCAGAUCCAGAAGGAAGAGGAGGCACGUAAGCAGCGUCUGGCCGCUGCCGCCGCUGCUGCUCAGAGUGCGGCUGCCAGCCCACCGACUGCUCCGUCUUCGACCGGAAAGCGCUAUGCGGAUCUUGCCAGCAAGGCUCCAGCGGCGUCUCCGGUCCCUGCCAGCGCCAGCACGUCGGGUGCCUGGACGACUGUUGGAGCGGGCGGCAAGCCCAAGCCCCCUCCGGCUGCUCCCGCCGGGCCUCGCUCGACCAGCAGCGCAACUCCGGUGGCAGUUUCUCCCGUGAAGCCGAAGCCGGCGACUGUCGCGACUCCCCGUACGGUUGCUGUCGCUUCGCCUCCGGCCAACCCUAACCGCGCCGUGGAGGAGUUCACCAAGUGGGCCAAGCUUGCUUUGGGCAAGGGGCUGAACAGCAACAUCAAUGUGGACGAUUUUGUACAGCAGUUGCUUUUCCUGCCUGCGGAGGCGGAGAUCAUCUCGGACUCCGUGUACGCCAACUCGCAGACGCUGGACGGCCGGCGGUUCGCGGAGGAGUUCAUCCGGCGGCGUAAGCUGGCCGACAAGGGCAUCGUGGACCCUGUGUCGGCUAGUGCCUUUGCGGAGAAGAACGCGGGCGGAUGGAGCGAAGUAGCCAAGAAGGGAUCUUCGAACGCGAAUCGCGAGGAGGACAAUGGAAACGCAGCGUUCAAGGUGGUUGCGCCCCGCAAGAAGGGCAAGCGGUGA